GGAUUUCCAACACAAUUAUAUGCACAUCUACCAGUAAUACUAUUGAAGGAAAUAUUGUUGACAUUAUUACUUUACCGGACUAAAAAAGGAUAACUAGAACGAAGAUAAAAAUCAGUAGAUCCGUUUUUCGUGUGUUUGUGAAGAUUUACGUGGACUUCAUACUUUUACGCGAAUUACGUUUACACGAAUAAAUUCACUACACACUAAUUUCUAGGGAAAGGAAUAUAAAUUGAAUAAACUCACACAGUUUAUCCUUCAAUCACCUAUAUCUUAUACUCCAUGCAGUUCAUUGAUGAAUAUGGCAAAAACCAUUUCAAUGGAUACAAAUUUAAAGAAUGGCUUACAAAGAACAAUGAUAUUUGUAUUUACAUCGCAGCAGUAUAUCUCGCCUUCGUCUUCAUAGGUCCUUCUCUGAUCGAGAAGCUCAUGACACUCACGCCCGGUCGAGUUAAAAUUAUUAAAAAGCUCUGGAUGUUGUGGAAUCUACUCCUCAGUGUCUUUUCAUUGUACGGCGCGCUGCGCGUAACACCGGCGUUGAUCAGCGACCUAAGGCAUUACGGACUACAUGGCACCCUGUGCACGUUUCACCCAGAGCACUUCUAUACUACGGAAGUAGGUUUUGCAAUGGGAAUAUUUGCCAUCUCGAAGGUUCCCGAGUUCAUGGACACCUUCUUCCUGAUCCUGACGGGAAAGCGCCGGUUGCCGUUCCUGUCAUGGUUCCAUCACGUCACUACCUAUUUAUUUGUUUGGUUUGCCUAUCAAGAAGGGUCUAGUAUCUUUGUCGUGGCCGCCUCCAUGAACUACGUCGUGCACACCAUCAUGUACUUCUACUUCGCCCUCGCGGAGGCCGGGUACAAGAGUCUCGUGAAGCCCUUCGCCAUGUACAUCACCCUUCUGCAGAUCCUCCAGAUGGUGUUGGGUUUGUGCACUUCUCUAUAUGCGUUAUAUCAGAAGUACCUCGGUGAUUUUAAGCCAGAGGCGUGCCCGGGUGUGUCUUUGGCCAACAACCGUGUUCAGAUCAUAAUCUAUAUUUGUAAUUUCUACCUCUUCACAGAGAUGUUCGUAAAAACUUAUAUUUUUGUACCUAAGCGUCCUACGUGUGCAUCUAUAGUCAUGGGUCGGGAAAAGGGGCUAAAAGCAGAAUAAAUCCAAUACAAAUAUGUACUUAAUAUUUUCACAUGCAUUAGGAAUUAUGAGGAUUUAAGAAACUAAUAGUAAUGGCGUGGCAGAUAUAUAGUAUCCUACGCAAAUAAAUGAUCGUCCCAAUCUUGAACUCAGGUAGGGGGAAGGGUUAAAAAAAAAAACGACAAUAAGAUCAGAAUCAAUUUGUGGAAAAAGUUCCUCCUGUAGUUUCUUCAUAGCACAACUUACUGGAAGAUAUAUUUUUUAGUUUUUGGUCUCCCCUAGAUAGGUUACUUGAGUAUUAUAUUUUUUGAUUAUUGUUCCCCUUGUGUUUUUGUCGGGUAAGGAUUGAUUCAUCAUUUUCAAGCAGACAAUGUAAGAAAUCAAAUGGAAGUAAAUUUUAAAAUAUUUGCACAACAUCUUGCUUAUCCUAUAUAUUGGGGUGCCAUUAGUCGUCUGUGUUAUGAUCGAAGCGCCUUAAAUGCGGCAUAGAGUCCAACCUCACACACUCUAACAUACGCUGUAGAUGGUCGCUCAGGACACUGCUUAACUCCCCUUUUCCACUCCAUCAAAGUGGGUUCUCAUGCAGCCUGGGCAUGAGGGACAUUUGGGAAGCUUUGCUCCUCACCAUUGAACGCAUAUCAAAAUUAAAUACACAUGACCAGAAGUGAGUUUCGUCCACGUUGGUGCUUUCCCCCCACUCACACACACAACUCACUAAAGUAUUAUUCCAAGACAAAUUGGAAUCCUGAGCAAAGAAUACGUUGAGAAUUUCGAACAAAGUCCUUAAAUUCACAAAGUAAUGUCACUUCUUUCACCCAGGUUCGACAGACAAUGCAAGUUUGCUUCUAAAAGCCGGUUUCAUUGCGUCACAAAAUGAAAAAAAUGUCGCUAGUAAUGGAACUGUUGAUGAAAAUAACUUCACUAAUCGUGAGUUUCUAUCAGAGAAUCAUAGCAUGCGCUUCGCUCGAUCUAAAGUGUAGACUGAAAGAAGGGAUUCAUGUCAAUGUCGUCAAGGUUACGCGGAAUUUAGGUAAAGAGCAGAUUUUUUUGAGACAGACAGGGAAUGUAAGACAACAGUACAACCACAAGAUGCACAUAAUUCUAGCAUGAACACAUUGAUAUCAAUUGACAUAUCAAACCCAGUAAAAGAUUGCCUCAGGGCAGGACCAGUAGGGAUUUUCUUCACGUCAAUUCCGUGUAGGCAUUUUCUUUUAUUGCAAAAGUGGGUCGCAAAUCUGGACCGCUAGUUUUAUUCUUCUAAUGGAUAAAUAUUUCUCAUCUCCUCAAAAACACGAAAUGUGAAGGAAAAAAGUGUGAUAUUAUGUUCUACAUCUGGAGGAUGACCAUGCAUUGGGAAAUGAGUCUAACCGUGUAAACUUCGUUCUGCUCUAAAUAUACAGGCUGUUUAUCAUGCUCAAUGUGAUGGUUGCUAUGCAAGGAACCUAACGACAACGACUAGAAUGAAAAAUAUGUUAGUAGUAUAUAUAGUCUAUUAAAAGUGAAAUGAUCCCAAGUAUGGAUAAUUUACCA